CUCGUGACGAACGGACGCGCGGCCAAUGGCAAGCGGGCAGUGCGACUCAAUCGGACCGCUUUUGGGGCUUCAAUUCGAUGCGAAUUCGACUCGAGCGGAAGCGGAAAUACGAAUGCCAACGAAUUGCCAAUGGCGCACGGCUGGCAUGUGUGCGUGCCGCGUGCGAGGAUCGUCGAGUAAAUAAAAUUGCCACAGAAACGCAAAGAAACGUGUGAAAUCGGAGCUUAGAGCUGUAAAUCAUAAAGUGCAAACAGAAGUGAUACAGUCGCAAAAGUAAAAUAAACCCAAAAGAAUGUGAACUGCGAAAUAUGAAAAUAAACCCAAAUUAAGCCACCGACGACAGUGGUGAAAGCAAAUAGAACGAAUCAACUUUAACCAACAUUUGAAGUGGCGGAAGAGGAGGAUACGGCCACAACAUGACCCGCUUUCGCAUAAAAAACCUGAAAAUCCUCUCCAGCUGCCUCAGCCUGUGGGUGGUGCUGUUCGGUGGUGCACUGCACCUGGCGCUGGGCAGCGAGUUCCCCGAGCGCGAGUGCUGCGACCUGACCACCACCUCCACGGUGGGUCCGCUGCCCAUGCCGCCCGCCGCCCUGCCCACCGACAAGUCGCUCUCCUCGGCCACAACGGCCUUGGAGACGGAUCUGGCCAUCGGACGAUCGGGUUCCACCAUUAAGGGCGUCGUGGCCAUACUGAAUUGUAUCCUGGCACGUCAGCUAUGUUUCGAGGAUCCCUCAUGUUCGGCCAUAUUGGAAAUAAUACCGCGCGUCUGCGGGCCCAUACCAGUGUCCUGCAGCACGGUGACGGUGACCAAGUGCCAGGCGGCCCUUCGCACCCUGCAGGCCUUCCAGUUCUUCCGGCCCACCUGCCUGUGCAAGGAGCCCGGAAUGGAUCCCGAUUGCAACCACUUCCGGGACUUUCUCUUCGAUCAUCCAUGCGGAUUUGUGCUGAAGAAAGCCGAGAAGGAUCCUUAUCCCAUUGAUGCACUACCAACUUGCAACCAUGCGCUUUCCGUCUGCCAACAGGAACGCAAAUGCCUGAAGCUCUUCGAGGACUUUAAAACGCAUUGCAAAGUGCGCGACAACAAGUGCAAAAUGGAAAACAGGGACGCCUGUCACGAUUCCUGGACCAACCUGCGGCUGUCGCCCAUGUUCGGAUGCAUCUGCCCGAACAACCAUAUGAAAAAGCGCUGUGAUCGUAUCUUUAAUAUUGUUAAUCACAAUCCGUGUGUGGGUAAGUUUCGACUGGCGUUGCUCAACUGUUGACCGUGACUGCAAAAAA